CAUGGGGGAAAAUGUGCAAUUGACUCACAAGUGCAAGAUGCGAUGCUUGCAAUAAAUAACUCUUUGACAAAAACGAAAUGGGGCCCAAAAAACAAAAACAAAAAAAGAAAAGAAAAAGAGGUUGAGAGUCCUGUCUUUUCCUUCUUCCGAGGAUCACGUGGAGGUUUUAUGAGCAUUACAUUCAAACCUCACGUACUCUGACUACUGGAACAAUAUACGCCCAAGAUUUUUUUUUCUCACCUUCGUGGAGUUACAAAAAGAAAGCAAGCAAGAGAGCAAGAGAAAAAGAGAAAAAGAGAAAAUGUCGAAGGUACGAAUCCUCAACGUCUCCCGCGUCUCCGUUCCCGAAACCCAAACCCCUCCUCCGAACGCAGCCGUGAAGCUCACCGUCUUCGACAUGGUGUGGAUCGGGCUCCCCCCGAUCCAGCGCCUCUUCCUCUUCCCCCAAACCCUCGCCCUCCCGAGCUUCCCGGCCCUCGUCGACGCCCUCAAGUCCUCCCUCUCCGCCACCCUCCUCCGCUUCCACCCCCUCGCCGGCGAGCUCGCCUUCGUCCCCGCCACCGGCCUCGUCGAGAUCGACUGCUCCGCCCCGCUCCCCGGCGUCGCCUUCGUCGAGGCCGAGGCCGCCGCCGAUCUCGACCUCGCCCGCCUCGUCGCCGACCCCGCCCACGACGCCGCCGCCUUCCGCAGCCUCGUUCCGGAGCUGGACGCGCGGGAGCUCNUUUUUUUUUUUAUUAUUCAUUCAACUACUGCAUUCCAUUUCUUUUUUCCUAUAUAUAUAUAUAUAUAUGACUCCGCUCCGCUCGUACGUGUCACCUCCAAGACGACCUCUCCGAAGUUCCAGUGCAACGGCGCCGCCGAUCUCGCCCGUCGAACCUUCGUGCUCGACUCGGAGCAAAUCCGGACCCUUAAAAAGCGCGGGAGCCCCCUCGCCCCGACCACCUUCGUCGCCGUCUCGGCCCACGUGUGGACCGCCAUGGCCCGGUCGAAGCAGCUGAACCGGGCCGAGCCGGCCUGCCUCCACUUCCUGGCGGACUGCCGCGCCCGGCUCGACCCGCCGGCCCCGGAGGGGUACUUCGGGAACUGCGUGAAGCUGUGCUCCGCCGCGGCCCCCGCGGGCGAUUUGAUCGGCGAGGAGGGGUUCGCGCGCGCGUGCGCGGCGAUCCAGCGCGCGAUCCGCGAGUACCUGAUCGAGGACGUGGGGAAGAUAGUGCCCGCGGAGAGCGAGAUGCGGAGGGUGGUGAACGUGUCGGGCUCCAACCGGUUCAAGGCGUACGAUGUCGAUUUCGGGUGGGGUAAACCGGGCCGGGUCGAGCUGGUCUCGAUGAACUACGACGGGGAGGUGGUUAUGGUGUGCGCGAGAGACGGGGACGGGGUUCAGGUCUCCGUCGCGGUCGAUCCGGCCCGCAUGGAGGCGUUCGCCUCCGACUUUUACGAUGGUUUGCACCUUUGAGUUUGUUGUACCGCGGGGUUUGGCCCAAAAAACUAAUUUACUAGUACGGGAGUAUCUCCAAUGUGAUGUCGUUUAGCCCUAUCCGCGUGACUUUAAAGUUCGUGCGCUCCGCGUAAUGAAUAAAUUUCUUCUUCUUUUUUUUUUAA